AUGCUCAGCCGACUGAACCUCCUCACACGCCACUUCUCACGUCCAUUCGCUUCCUCUCAUCCCUCCACAAUCCUCUCAACCCCGUCCCUGACCCCUCCCCGAGCUCCGUUCGCGAUGACAUCACGCGCGAAGACCAUCCACACGGCUGCAUGCCUCAUUAUCGGCGAUGAGGUCCUCGGUGGAAAGACCGUCGACACCAACUCCUCGUUCCUAGCCAAGUUCUGCUUUUCCCUCGGCAUGCAGCUGAAGCGAGUCGAAGUCAUCCCAGAUGACGAGGAAGAUAUCAUGGAAGCCGUGCAGCGCAUGAGCUCUCGCUACGACUUCGUCGUUACAAGCGGAGGCAUUGGGCCCACACAUGACGACAUCACAUAUUCCGCAAUCGCCAAAGCCUUCAACCUCAAGCUGCAACUCCACCAGCCCGCCUUUGAGCGCAUGAAGCGCCUCUCCAAGCCACACCCCAUGCAACCAAACUUCGACUGGGAAACACCCUCGCCAGGCUUAAACGCCAAGCUGCGCAUGGUCGAGCUCCCCUUCGACCCCAAGAUCCCGGCCGAGGAACAAGCAGUCUUCGUUGCGGAUGACAUGUGGGUUCCCAUCGCCGUUGUGAACGGCAACGUGCACAUCCUCCCCGGAGUACCGCGUCUCUUUGAGCGUCUUCUUGAGAAUCUGAAGCCUAGUCUUGUUCCCCGUCUUACGGAUCCUGAGGGUAAAGGUACUUUCAGGUGCUUGAUUAGUACGCCAUUGCCUGAGAGCGCUGUUGCACCGUUUUUGACGGAGCUUGCUGCUAAGGUUGAGCCGAAGGGUGUCAAGGUUGGUAGCUAUCCUCGUUGGGGAAAGAAGCGGAAUACUGUUACCCUUGUUGGGGCUGAUAAGCCCCUCAUCGAGUCUUUGAUCGCAGAGGUCGAGAAGGGUGUUCAGGGUAAGCUUGUUUCCAAGGAAGAUGAGCUUGACCCUCCUUCCGACUCAGAGCACGUCUACAGUCAAUAG